CUCAGCAUUUGCAAGUAGAUGCAGCUAGAUGGCAAAGUGUGUCGUUGCUGAAUUGAGUGCAACUGCAACUUGCAACCUGCUGACCAGGGCAGAGUGCAGUGGGUCUGGCGCUAUGAAGCAGCAUUUGUUUACAAGUUUAGAAGUUACAUCGAACGGACUCGCUAAUGCAAAUGCGAGUCAGGAAAUGGAUAUGGAUUUGGAUUUGAAAUUGGCAACGGGCACAGCUGAAAUAUUGCACUCGAUUAUUUCGACAACGGAUAAAUUGCGUCGCUUCUGUUAUUUGGGUGUAAUUGAGGCUCCCGUCUAUUCGGCAAAGGCACUUGACGCUAUCGUCGAGUGCCAAUUUACAGCACUGCGCAAAUUGUGCGCCGAUGUCAGCGAGAAGCAGUUGCUCGAUUGCCUGAAGAGUGUGCUCCAUCCAAGCAACGGUCAGCGAUUGCCGCGUCCCGAUGAGUCGUUACUUGUGCUGGCCAUUUACCUAUCGAUGCGCAGCGACGAGAGACAUUUGAUGGUGGUGCGUGGCCAUUUUGUGGAGCUGGUGCGCACUGACAAGCAGCUGCUGCUGUUCAUCCGGCUGGUGAAGCAUGUGCAGAAGCUAAUGAAACGCAAGACAUUAAAUCGCACCGUUCGCAAAGCUGUACUCCAGUGGUACAAACAUCAAACAGUGGACGGUCUGCUGCAGAUGUGGUCUGUCAACGGUCAGAGCGACUGGGGAAUGCAUCGCGAACUGUUGCAUCGGUGUCACCACAAUAACAAUAAUAAUCCAUUCGAUGCAGAGACAAUGGCUGCACUGUAUGUAUUGUCGUCGCCCGUCAAGGAGCUGGUUAAGUGGCCUGCUUGUCUGGAGCCGGUUGCCAAAUGCAAGGAAACGAUUUUGGGCAUUGCAAAGCUGCGUGCGGCACAGGAUCCCUCCCUGGCCCUGGUCAUUAUAAGGCAGUUGUCGCUUAGUUACGAGCAAGUGCCACUUCACUUCAUGACGGACGUGAAUGUGGCCAAUUUUCUGUAUGGCACAAUGAGCUUUGAGCAGCUGCUGCAGCAUUGGCCAACAUUCCAGCGUCUCGACAAUGCCAACCGGGCCAAUGCCCUCUCCAAUUAUGCUCAGCACUUUGCUAGGAUGUUCAAUUUGCGUGCAUCUGAUGUGGAGCCAUUUCGGUUAUUACUCCAAGAAAGACGCCCUCAAAUGCACAACAAAAAGAUUUCAGUUAAGCAGCAACCAAGUUUUGUUCAGAACCUUUACAAAAAUUCAUUUGGCUUCAACAAGGGACUAGGCCUGCGCCUGCAUAUAACAAUUAAUCUAGAGAUGAGCUACAUGUGCAAAUCACUCACAGGACGUUGGACUUCAAUCAAAUAUCUUGACGCUGUGGUCGCGCUCGCAUUUGGCUACUUCAUGAGCGACAACGAUGUUACCGUAAGAAUUUGGCAUGAUAAGAGCGGCGCUCUAAUCGACUUGCCUUGGCUAACCACAAUGUCCGUGGAUGAGGCAAAGGCCACCUGUGAAAAGCAAAAGGUGCUCAAAAUCAAGCAAACUCUAACAGAUGUGCUCGACAAUGCUCUUGAUGAUAAACAGAAGGUGUACGAUGUCUUUUUGGUGUUGGUUCCCUGCGCUACACGUGGGAAUCCCAAAAACAAUUCGGAACAACUUUGUCAACGUCUUGACCAGUAUCGUGAAAAGCGCAAUACGAAUGCCAGAUUCAUAAUUAUGAGCUUGCGGCAGCAUCGUGCUUCCAUGAGCUACUCGACGGUGCGUAACGAACACAUUUUGGAGAUAUGCAGCAUUUCCGAGCAGACGACGCGUGUAAUAAGCGCCUUUGCACACGGCAAUUUCUUCUGAGCAAUCUGGUUAGUUGAGGAAGGCAGCCGACGACACACACAAACAGGAAGAUACAGUAGCAUUCAUUGGUGCUUGUGCGCCCUAUUGCACACAGCCUGAAAGCAUCAUAAAUCGUUAUUAAUACUAUAUGUUUUUAGAUUUGCAAAAUAUGCAUGACUCGAAUAGCUACUAAACUAGAUAUAUAAAGCGACACGAACAGACUCACAACAUGCAUAUAUGCGAAUAUUUGUCUGAAUUUACACAACGUUGAUUUUGUAACGAUAUGUACUAUAUUUGAAUUUCAAUUGGUAUUAGUCGUAGUUAAAGAACUGAAUUGAUAUUUUAAUUUCAAAAACGCAAUCGAGUGAUCUGAAUCUAAAUUAAAUUUGGAUUACAAAAAUAUAAAACACGUGAAUCUGAGCAAAGCGAACACAUAAACAAAUUGCCUUACAAACCAAAUGUUAAUCAAUCUUUAAUUUUAACUUGAAAUACUUAGUUAAAUACAAGGAACUGCGUAAAAAAAAAAAAAACUAUAAAAUAAACUAAAAAUAAAACAAACGCAUUUACAUCAAAUAUGCAAACGAAACGAAACGAAACUAAAUCCAACCAUAGUUCAAGCAAAUAAUUAUUUGACCCAUGAACAAGCUUUAAAGAAAAAAUUACGUUUGAUGUUAAACAUAUUCAAGUAAACUGCCCAAAAAACUGUGACAUUUUGAUAAACAAAAUCAAAAAUAAGCAAAGCAUAGCACGCAACAAUUAUGUGUAACAAAACUCAAUAAGGCCGACAGACACAAAUUUAUAAAGCUAUGAAAUCCAAAGGUGCCAUAAAUUACACACACACACACACACACACACUCAUACAUACAUAUAUCCGACUUGAGAUUGUAAAGCGCCUAAAGAUCAGCAAGCAUUACUUGAAGCAAUAUACGACAACGAUGUGAAAUCGGAUUAAGCACACAUACAUGUAUAUAUAAGUUUGAAAUAGAACACAAUUUGUAAGCUGGAUAACAAAAAAAAAAAAAUCCAACACAAAAAAAGAACAGAAAAAUGACUAAAACUUACUAACCAAAACAGGAAAUUUGUAUUUCUAUGGACACUUUUGAUAUGUGUCCACACGCAUCUGUGAAUUAAACCGUUGUGAUCGCUUUGAAAUCUUUAUUUGAAAUGAAAAUUGAAAAGAAAACCGAAUCAGGAGCAACUAAAUAGUUAAGUUAAUUAAUUGAUUAUGGACUGGAAUGCAAAACAUUUCGGCAAAAAAUAAACAAAACAAAACAAAUAGGAGCGUAACCAUAAAGUACCUAGACUGCAAAUUCAAAGGCAACUAACUAAAUUUGAAUACAAACUCAAAAACAACUCCUUGGCACAGCAUAUACCCAUACACACAAACACACACACAUAUAUAUAUAUAUAAAUAUAUAUACAUAUACACAUUUAAAGUAUUAAUUAACCGUAUAACGUAUUUGAUAAUGCAAAUAUGUUGGUGGUGUUUUACAAAUAUUAUAUGUCAUUCGUUGGGAACUAUGUCAAACACAUUCAAACACAACUGAUUUGUAAACAGUAUUAAAAACCGAAACAGUCACAGCAUAAAAGAAUGAAAUAACUAUAAGUGAAAGAUCAGAUCGAUUGAUCAAAUGUCUCAAAACCUGCAUACAAACCUACAAAUCCGCAGUAGCAAUAACUGGAAGCAAAACAUUAUGUGAUAUCUAUUUGAAAAAUAUGUGAAACAGCAAACUAAAAAUUAAACUAAAUCAAAAAAAAAAAAAGAAAUCCAAUUUAACAGGACAGAAGAAACUUGAAUUGUUUAAAUUUGCAGUCAUUGUCCCCAAGAAAAAAGACAAAAAAAAAAAAAACGAAAACAAAAAAUGAAUCUCACUUUUAAAUCUGAUUGAGCUAAACAUGAGUAUCUUUUUUUUUUGAAAUAAGUUCUUUUUAAAAAGUUGUUUUUAGUAAUUACGAGCAAAGACGAAUGUAGGAUGUCUAAUGAUCGAAUAUGUCAAUAAAAACCGCCAAAUUGAUUGAAACAAUAUCGAACAAGAUCAAAUACCCUUAAAAAUAGUUAAGUGUGUCUUAUAAGCAAAUAGCUUCAAAUCUUCAACCGAAAUCAUACUUGUUAAAACAACACAUUAGCAAUAUGUUAUGUAUUAAAAGCAAUUUGCUCGGUUGCUUUUUGUAUACUUUUUAUUUUGAUAUACUUACAUAUCUGUCUAGCCAGAUACACGCAUACAUAUAUACUUAUAUACACGACACAUCUAAGUUAAAUAAACUCAAUUGAACUGCAA